GGUUUGAUUUUUACAAAGAACAAACGGAUGUCAAAACUGUACCAAAAAAUUAUAAAGAAAUAGGUAAAACAGGUAAAACAUGGAAGGAAAUCGAAAAACGUAAAGAUGAAAUUCCUGAUAAACUAUAUAAAAAAUUACGUGAUACACGUAUAGAUUCUUACGAUUAUCUAGACUUGAAACUAAAAUUAAUCGUUGCAACUUCAUGGGAAAGUUACACUACCAAAUAUAACGAAUCAAGUAUCAGAAAAUUGGAUUUAUCAAAAUCUUUAGAAAAAGAUCUUUUAGAAAUAAGAAAAAAAAGGUUAAAUACUGCAUUAGAAAAAAAAGAUUAUGUUCUGAAUAAUAUAGUUAAAAACCUAACAGAAUGUCAAGAUGAAAAAAUUUACAACUCUUUAUUACAAGAAUGGGAAGAAAAAUCUUUUAUAGUAUUUGAAGAAUUUC